AUGAAGCUUAACAUUGCCAACCCUCUCACGGGUGCUCAAAAGGUGCUCGAAGUCGACGACGAGCACAAGCUCCGCGCGUUCUACGACAAGCGUAUCUCGCAGGAGAUUGAUGGCGCCGUGCUGGGCGAGGAGUUCAAGGGCUUUAUCUUCCGUGUCUCGGGUGGUAACGACAAGCAGGGGUUUCCCAUGAAGCAGGGUGUGCUGUCUAAUGGCCGUGCCCGUCUGCUGCUUUCCAAGGGCAAGUCGUGCUACCGUCCCCGUCGCAAGGGUGAGCGCAAGCGCAAGUCAGUGCGUGGCUGCAUUGUUGGCCCCGACCUUUCGGUGCUGAACCUGGUGGUCAUCAAGGCCGGUGAGGCGGACGUGCCAGGUCUGACUGACGUGCAGAUCCCGCGUCGUCUCGGUCCUAAGCGUGCGUCGAACAUUCGCAAGCUGUUCAACUUGACCAAGGAAGACGACGUGCGCAAGUACGUGAUCCGUCGCAAAUUCGAGUCCAAGACGGGCAAGAAGAACGACAAGGCACCCAAGAUCCAGCGUCUUGUGACUCCGCGUACGCUCCACCAUAAGCGCCAGAUUGCGCUCAAGAAGGUGCAGCAGCGCGAGAAGGUGCAGCGUGAGGCCGCGGAGUACAACCGUCUCCACGCUCAGCGCGUGAAGGAGCAGAAGGACCGUCGUGCCAGCGAGGUCGCGAAGCGUCGCAGCAGCCGCAAGGUCUCGUCGAUCAACGCGUAA